AGUCCGCCGGAGCCAUGGCGAAGUUGGGAGGCUUCUCCGGGAGGCUGCUGCGGCGCUGCCUGGGGUCUCAGCCAGGGUCUCCGUGCCCCGAUCUAGCUUGCAGAAGCGCAUCCAGCGCCGCGGAGGCAGCUUCGGUCUCCCAGCAUGAGGAGCGGCUGAAGCGGCCGGAAGAGUUGCCCGGGCCGGGGAUCCUGGGAUCCAUCUAUUGGCUCUUCGUGAGGGGCUAUUUGCUCCACACGCACCGCCUGCAGGUGAGAGAUGGUCGACGGUGGGGCACCUCGGGCAGUGGGGACGGGCAAGAGGGGGCAUAUCCCAAGGGAUCUUACCUGGUGAUCUCACCUGGCGUCGCCAGUCCACCUGGCGUCGCCCAGCUGAGCCAAUCCGGAGCCAGGGACGUUGCCAGGUAGAAUUUAUAUGAAUCUGUUCCUCUGGGAAGAUGAGACUUAAGGCUGACGUCCUGCCAGCACUGUUGCCCAGUUGCCCUAUAAGGGAAGCUAUCUAUGUGUUGUUUUCAAGGAGGAGAUUGGCAGGUGAUCCUGUGCUCCUCAUAAAACACCUGGUGCUUAGGGGGUCCAAAGAUGCGCCCUAACAGUGUCCCUGCCCUGGGCAUUUAGGAUGGUUAGGGGACUCACAGCCAGUUUGGGACAGAAGCCUGGGCCCUCCAAGAACAAGAAAGCUGAUAUACCACAUCUGGAAGUUAGUGAAGUAGUGUACAGCUGAAGAGGAGACUCUGUAAGAGUAUUCGCUACAGAGUUUUUAAUUGCUUUUUAAAGCAUUGCUGGCAGCACAACAUGUAGCCUGAAUACGCACUCUGAUAUGUCUGCUCAGAAGUGAACUGGUCUUUGACUCUAAUAAAUUAUUAUUAUUAUUAAUAAUAAUAAUAAUAAUUUAUUACUAUUACUCAGAAGCUCCAGUGAGUGAAAUGGGCCUUACUCCCAAGUGAGAGGAGCUAGGACUGCAGCCUAAGUGUUUUUCCCCAUCUGCCAAUAACCUGAUAGGCUUCUCUGAGAUAAAACAUUGUGCCUGCGUUAUGGUCCUGCCGGCCAUUGGCCAUGCUGGCUGGGGCUGAUGGGAGCGGGAGUCCCAACAACUUCUGAAUCCCUGUUCUGAAAGGAUGUUAGAGGAAUUAACACCAAUAACCUAAGAACUGGAAAGGUGAUCAGAUAGCUAGGCAUGGAAGGAGUUUGAUCUACUGUGUGGCUUCAAAUAAUGAAGGAGGACCUAAAGGCAGGGCUUCCACUGCAGGGGGGAAAGUGUUGGCUACUCAAGGGCUGUGACUGAAUCCAUUCUUGGGAAUUAAUAUUGGCCACAUUCCAGUGACAUUCGGGGUUCAAGGGUUCAGCAAAACAGUAGCUCAGUCCAAAGUAUACCAAGACAGAAAGUUUAAAGAAGGGGAAAUAGUCUCCCUCACUUUCAGAUACCUAGCCUGUGGUCCUCCAGAUGUUGAUCCCAGCCACAGCCAGGAUGACUACUUUAGCUCAGCAGUUUAACAGGCUUGAUUCCAUACAAACUAUAGUAGUAGGGAGGGUGGAGUAAGAGUUUCAUAACCCAGCAGCAGCAGCAGAUUUAUUAGAUUUCCUCACCACAAAGUCCUAGGGCAGGUAACAGCCCUGUACAAAUACAAUAACGAAAGGUGCCAAGAGAUCACAAGGGGAUAGGGAGCAAAUCAACUGGCGGACAUGACAAAACUGGAUAGCAAAAGUCAGUUCUCAGUGGCUGUUUUCAAGGUUUAUAAAAGAAUCAAGAAAACUCUAACUUGUGGCCAUUAGUAAGCGGCCUAUAGGCAUGUUUACAAGUUUUGCAAACAUUUGGUUUUCCUGAAGGCUCUGUGAACUCAGCUAACACUAGAACUGCUGUGAUGCAAGGAACAAAGGCUUUUCUUCUUCUUUUUUUCUUGUUUUUACAAACUGUAUCUUCUUGGGAAAGUUGCCAGUUCCCUAACAUGAGAAAUUGGUACAGCGAGAACAUAGCUUCUUAUGUGGCACUGCUUUUGAAUUGUUCUUAGGUGAAAACUAGGGCCAAAGAACUCAAAUGGUGGUUAUUUCUAACCAUUGAGGUAUGUUUGGUGUGAGGUCCUGUAACCAAGAGUUGACUACCGAAGCAAUUCUGCACAUGGACUUUGCUUUGGAAGGAAGUUCCCCUGGGUUCAGUGGGCCUUAUUCCUGUAUGCAUAGGACUGCAGCCUCAAUUAAGGAGAGAGAGAGACAAAGAGAGAGAAAAACUAUUACGUUCUCCUUAGAGUUUAUCUAUGUGAAAGCCAGUCUCCAGGACUCAUCACCCCCUCACAUCCCCAAGAAACCGAACAUAAGACUGUUGAAAAAGUAGCAGACUCUAUCCUUAGAGGUUCCUAUUAGGUUCUCUGCUUUAAGGUAAACAUCUUGCAAUGGGAAAGUCUGUAAUUAGUAUAUCAUGCCUGUCCUCCAAGUAGCUCAGAGCAGCAAACAUAAUUGCUGUUAUAUCCUGAAAACAAUGCUGUAAAGUAGGUUAGACUGAGAUUUAAGAUUCAGUACAAACUCCAUUUAUGCAAGCCUUUUGGGAGAUGGGACUGAAUGGAGGCAGCCAGGUGGGGAAAUGCUUGUGUCUUUCUGCCAGCACAAACCUCCAAAUGGGUGAGAUGCUAAAGGACCUUGAAGGGGGGAGGGGGGAAGCUGUGUCAGCUUGGUGUCGGCUGAAUAUAAAGCUGUGCUCACAGCCAGUGCUGGCUAGUGGAGGAACUGAUCUGGACCCUAUUUGCCUGCUCCCCCUUCUUUUCUGCUGCUGUUACUGCUGCUGCAGUGAGUGUCCAGCCCAUCAUUCUUCAGAGCCUGGUUAGGAUUGCUUUCUUAGUGACUGGCCUAAAUUCACACAGCCACAUUUAUGGACGAGUAGAGAUUCGAACCCAGGUUUUGCCAGUCGUUUGUCACUCCGGCCACUAUAGCAUGCUGUCCCAAAUCACACUGAUUGUUAGAGAAGGGGCCACCCUAAAAAAAUAGUGUAAUCAGGAGCAGGUACAGUGGGACCUCGGUUUAUGAACUUAAUCCAUUCCGCAAAUCCGUUCUUAAACCGAAACCAUUCUUAAACUGAGGUGUGUUUUCCCUAAUGAGGCCUCCCACCGCCGGUGCCCUUCCACCGGUCAGAUUCCGUUCUUAGACCGAGGUAAAGUUUGCAAACUGGGACACUACUUCUGGUUUUGCGGAGUUCGUAAACCGAAUAGUUCGUAAACAGGGCUGCUCUUAAACCGAGGUACCACUGUAUUAGUUUUAGCCCACUCUAAAACGGGCCAUCUCUUAUCUAGGAAGAAUGCCCUAUAAUAACCUGAGGAGAACAAGAUCAAAGAGUCAGUAAGGAUUUAUUGAUUACACUGGUUGAAAGCAACUAUUGUGUAAGGAGUUCAACACCAUCACCUGGUAUUUACUGUAGUUAUGAAAUGGCAGAAGCAAAGCAUCAAAGCCAGAGUGGUGGUGCUGUAUUUCCUAACCAACCUUUGCCCGGGGCCCAGUUUACAGCUACUUCCAAAAAUAAAUAGAACUCCAUGCUCUCACAGUGAGCCAGUGUGGUACUGUGGUUAGAUUGUCAGACUAGGACCUGGGAGACAAGGGUUCAAAUCCCCACUCAGCCAUGAAGCUCACCUUAAGCCAGUCACUGCCUCUCAGCCUAACCUACCUCACAAGGUUGUUAUGGGGAUUAAAUGUGGAGAACCAUGUAGACUCCCCUGAGCUCCUUGGAGAAAAAGGUGGGAUGUAAAUGCUGGAUCCCACUAGCGCAGAUAUUUAGUUGAAUCCAGCCCCAAAUAUCUCCUCUUGUCCUGACUAAAAGGUUGGGAGCGGGAGUGAAAAUAUUGGAUAUAAAGCAAGCUAGAAAACAGGGUAGUUAGAAGGCUGCAGAGCUGGCAACUUGCAGAAAUGCCAAAUAAAGAAGGGAUUGAAACACUUUAUUUUUUUACGUAUAAAUAAAUAAAUAAAUAAAUAACCAUAACAUUUUCACACAUUUAGAAAAAGGUUAUUUCAAACCUUGAGACCUCCUUCCUUCCCUCCGUGGGGUUCCAAUUCUAAAUUUUAUUCCUGCAUCUUUUACUGUAAUCUAUCUGAUAUAUAAUCAUAGUAUCCAAAAUCACAGCUGUUAUCACAGCUGGGCACUGCAGGAGGAAGGAACUUGGGGAAGACUCCAAAGGGACCCCAGAGCUGAACUGAGGAAUGCAAGCUCUAAACUAAGCAAAACAAAUGAAAAUGGCAGCAUGUCCUUGCUGAGAAGGAAGUGGUGUGAUGCUUCUAGGUGUAUAUGGCAUUUUCCUAACCAGCAUGUGGACUUAAUUAUUGCCCUCAGCAAUAAGGGCAGUCAUGCAAACAUUUAUGAUUAUUCAGAAUGGGCUGGUGUCAGGGCUAAUCCCACUGACUGUGUGUGUCUCUUCCAGGUCAUUUCCAGGAAGAAGUAUGGCCCCAUUUGGCAAUCUCGGUUUGGCCCUUAUGUUAACAUUAAUAUUGGCAGUCCUGAAGUCCUCGAGCAGCUGUUGCGUCAGGAGGGGAAGUAUCCCAUCCGAAGUGACAUGGCCCUCUGGAAGGAGCAUCGGGACGUACGGCACUUGGCCUAUGGCCCCUUCACUGAGUGAGUGUGUGAAGCGUUCCAUCCCAUAUCCUGUCGCUACUGUGUGGGCAUAUCAAGGGCAGCUUCUGCAAGGGGAGGCAUAGUCUUUGCAUAGCAUGCAUUUUAUUUUUCUAUGAUGGUUUGAUAUUUCCAAGGCUGUGUAUAAUGUAGACUUUUAUUUUUUUUAAAGAGUGGGAAGAAGCAGUUAAAUUCUACAAUUUGAUUCAAUGAAUCAAAUUUGCACGCUUGGAUACUUUGUAUAAUUUGUUCCGGCAAUUAUGGGAAAGGCACAGUGCUUUCAGGGCACACUUACAUCUGGAAUGGAACAGAAAAGCACAUUCCAGAUACCUUAUCUCCAGCUCCUCGCACUGGUGUGGAUGGCAAGGUGUGGCAUAGCAAUGAAUACCAUGAAUGAGAAGCAGGGAAUGUGCGCCAGUUGUGCACAAAGGAAAAUCAGAUAUGAUGUUGCAAGAAAAUGCCUUCCUUUGGAAGCAUCCGUAUUAAUAGCAAAGUCAGUUCUCCAAAUGCCAACCCCUUUGCAGCCAAGAUGGUACCACACAAAUAGGAGGAGGAGGGGAAAUCACAAGGUUUGCCAAAGUAUAAUGAAGAUUCUUUAGGGGAGCACCCCAAACGAGCUCAGUGAGAAUGAGCACACAGAGUGGACAUGGAAUGCCAACUGACUGUUGGGGAAAGAAAACUGGGGUAGGAGGGGGAAUGGAAAGGAUUAUCCUAGAAAAAGGCAUGGCUGGCUUGCUGCAACCCUGAACAGGAACUCUCCACACCGCAGCAUCUUGUAGGUUGCACUUGCAUGGGGUUCUUUGCUUCUACCCCUUUCAAAUUUUAAUAAAUAAAACCAAACAAACAUUUGUUUUAUGUUGCAAAACUACUUCUGAGAUUGGAAAAGGAAAGUAUUAGUGGCUUAAUGGGUACCAACCAAUCAAAACCUUCCACAGUUGACUUUCAUUGCAAACUUACAGAACCCAUACAGUAUAUAAAUUUUUUUGAAGUUGGGGUUUUUUAAAGACUUUGCAGCUGUCUGCUGUUCUGUGCCUCUCCCUGUCAGCCAAACGAACAGGCUAGCCAUUGUAGGCUAAAGGAUUUCUUAAGUGAUGAAAGGGUUUCCAAAACCCUCCUAUUCCCUGCAGUCAGGGCUGCCUAAACAUGCCCUGUGGCAGAGAGGGUUGGACUGUAACUCCCAUUAUCCCUGGCCAUUGACUAUACUGACUGGAGCUGAUGGGAGCCCCACAACAUUUGGAGGGUCACAAGUUUCCUAUCAAUGAGGAGUGAUUCCAGAGCAAAACCAUGAACCGAUACUGGCAAACUGAGAAAUAUUCCAAGGGAUAUUUGUUGUGGGAGAGGAAGGGAAAGGAGAUUGUUAGCUGCUUUGAGACUCCUUAGGGUAGUGAUAAAGCGGGAUAUCAAAUCCAAACUCUUCUUCUUCUUCUUAUUUCUUACAUGGAUCCAACUGUCUCUCUCCUCAGGGAUGGAGAGCGGUGGCACCGCCUGCGGCAGGUGCUGAACAAGAGAAUGCUCAAACCUACAGAGGCCGUUUUGUAUGCGGGUGCUAUCAAUGAGGUGGUGUCAGACCUGAUGGUGUUUCUGGAGAAUGAGAGAAAAAAGAGUCCCUCAGGGAUGGUGGUGCAAGAUAUGGCCAGUGUAUUGUACCGAUUUGCCUUGGAAGGUGUGUGGACAGUUACGAUGCUGUAAACAAUUUCCUUUCAGUGAUUAUUCUGUUAUUCUCAUCGUACAGCUGAUGGGUAGGUGGAAGAGGAGCUCUUCAGGUGUCAGGUAGGUCUAAGUGUGACCCCAUGCAUGUGAAGGAAAUCUUUUGAUUAUGGGCCCCACUGACCCUGACAUUACAUGCAUUGUUUCAUUUCAUUGCGGCAGCUAGACUGGUGACUGGGAGUGGCCGCCAAGACCAUAUAACACCAGUCCUGAAAGAACUACAUUGGCUCCCAGUACGUAUCCGGGCACAAUUCCAAGUGUUGGUGCUCACCUUUAAAGCCCUAAAUGGCCUCCAUUCAGUAUACCCGAAGGAGCAUCUCCACCCCAUCGUUCAGCCUGGACACUGAGGUCCAGCUUCGAGGGCCUUCCAGCAGUUCCCUCACUGCAAGAAGUGAGGUUACAGGGAACCAGGCAGAGGGCCUUCUAGGUAGUGGCGCCUGCCCUGUGGAAUGCCCUCCCAUCAGUUGUCAAAGAAAUAAACAACGAUCUGACUUUUAGAAGACAUUGGAAGGAAACCCUACAGUGAGAAAUUUUUAAUAUCUAAUGUUUCACAAUUGUUUAUGUGCUGUAAGCCGCCCAGAGUGGCUGGGGAAACCAGCCAGAUGGGGUAUAAAUAAUAAAAUUAUUGUUGUUGUUAUUAUUAUUCAUUGACUAGUUGACUUGAGUGGGGCUAAGCACCAGCAACUGAUUACAGGAUUCAGCUUAAGAAGGUUUUCCAUUUUCCAUUUAAUAACCCCAAAUGUUAUUUUUUCAUAGAAACAUUCUCUCUCUCUUUUAAAGCAACACUUUCCCCCUCUGCAUGUAAGAGUAAGAGGGGGUAAUCAGGAGAGAACAACUUUUUCCUAAAAUACUGAACAAUUCAAAAUGUUUUUCUUUAAAAAAUAAUAAUCAGGAAGUGUAUACCUUGUUUGAUCUAGCACUGGGGAAAUCUAUGGCCCUUCAGAAGGUGCUGGACUCCAACUCCUAUCAGCCCCAGCCAGCAUGGCCAACGAUCAGGAAUGAUGGGAGCUGUAGUUCAGCAACAUCUGGAGAGCCACAAGUUCCCCACUCCAGAAAGCAGACCAACUCUUUGGGGAAUAUAGUCAGAUGAAAAAUGGCAAAGGAAGGGAUAGUUAGAAGUUUUUGUGUCUGCCACAAUGGGGAUCCAUGUUUUUGGUGUUAAUGUGUAACAGCUUAUCCUGAAAAGUCCAGUCUUUUAAAAGUACACAACUUGUGGCUGGAUAGACCCUGCCAUCCCUGGAGAGAUAGGCAAAAAAAAUUUACAAAAUUGCCCAGCUAAACGUGGCAGCCAUCAUAUACCCUCCUCUCCCAGCAGCCAAGCUCAUUCCAAUACUUUUGGUCUGACAGUCCACAAGUUCAAGUUUAUUGCGGCCAAAGCCAGUGACACUAAACACCAUAAGAUCAGACAACAAGAAAUUAGCAACAACUUCAGAAAAGAAAAAAGGUUACACAAGAGAACUUCACAAUGUGCCAUUCAACAGAAGAGAUUUACGCUUCUUAAUUACUAAAGUGCAAAAUUUAGCCACCUCAUAUGAUACUGAGCUUGAGGAAUCUUCCAGGAGGUAUUUUCGAAGAAUUUCAGGGGAGGAUUCCAAAUAAUAUUGAAGGGGUAUAAAUUUUGAUAGAAGUGGUAAAAUAAGUUGAACUCGUUCUUCACUAUAGAAUUCGCAAGAUAGAAGAAUGUGUGUGACAGAUUCUACCUUAUUAGACAUACAAGGGCAGAGACGCGCAUGCAUUGGAACUCGCGUGAAUUUGCCGUACAGCACUGCUGAGGGCAUUGUCUCAAAGCGGGCUCUAGAGAAAGCCCAUCUAUAGGUUUCGUUAGUGAUGUUAGUUAAGUAAGGGGCAGCUGCAAAAUUAGGCCAAGCUUUUAAACAUCUAUACGUCUCUGGGAGUAGGGCGCCUUCUUGUUGUAAUUCGAUAUCAUAAAGUCUCCGAGUGAUAGUAGCUUUUGCCUUGUUCAGAGUUCCAAUAAAAAUAUUUUCAGGGUUUAGGCCAAUUUGUUUGAUCUUGUUAGUUAUUUGCAUAAGCCAAGGAGGAUAGGGAACUGCGGCCAGGAAGCAAGGUAAUAGACCCUUAGGAUUGUAAUGGAUUUUCAGCCAGAGGGAUAUUGCUUGUUCCCAGACUUUUAAUUCCACUCUGGGCAGUCCUGCCUCUUGCCUUAAGACUGCAUUAGGUGUACACUUAGGAGUAGCAAAUAAUGAUCUUAAGAAUUUAGAUUGUACUGUUUCAAGGGUCUUAAGGUUGGCAGAGGGGCUAAUUUGAGAGCCAUAUAGAAGUUGGGCUAAAGAUUUUGCCUGAAAGACUGUUAGGGCCAUCGGGAGGAAGCCAGCUCCUUUCCUUCUGAAUAAUCUAAGGAUAGCAUUUGCACUUCUUUCUGCUGAUAUAGCUGAUGUGGUCAAGUGUGUUGAGAAUUUGGCAUUAUAAGAGAAAGUAAUGCCUAAGUAUUGGAAGGUCUUAGUCUGUUCAAUGGCGUUUCCCUUUACGCUCCAAUUAUCCUUCCUAAAGGAGCGGUUAAAAUGUACAAUUUUGGUUUUGGCAAAGUUAAUUGUUAACAGUUCAGUGUUACAUUGGUCACUAAACUUUCCUAAGGCACGUUUCAGACCCACUUUGGUUUGAGAGAGAAGAACAGCGUCAUCCGCAUACAUUAAAAUUGGUACUUUUCUGCCAUUAGAGAACACAGGGGGGUGGGUUUCAAUUUCACGGCAGCAUGUGACCAGGGAGUUAACAUAGAUAUUAAAUAGGAAUGGGGCUAAUAGGCAUCCUUGUCUAACUCCUCUUUGGACUAGGAUUUCUCUAGAGAGUCUGCCGUCCUGUGCAAGUCUUAUCUGGAGGGUAUUGUUCUCAUGAAGCUUAAUCAUCAGAAGUAAUAACCUUCUGUUAAUACCCAUAUUGGCCAAUUUGGCCCAGAGCCUGCUCCUGGAUACAGAAUCAAAUGCUGCCUUUAGGUCCACAAAGGCCGCAUAUAAUGACUUUUUCCAAUAUUUCGCAUACUUAUAGACAAAGUAAUCUAGCACUAAGCAGUGAUCAAUGGUGGAACGUCCGGAUGUAAACCCUGCUUGUUCAAUUUCUAGCAAGUUAUUAUGAUCUAACCAUUCCCAUAAUUUUAGGCAUAGAUGUUUUGUAUAAAGUUUACAGAUCACAUUCAGGAGACUAAUUGGUCUAUAAUUAGAUGGAUCAGAGGGGUUGCCCUUUUUAAAUAUGGGAACAAUUAUAGCUAGUCCCCAAUCUUUAGGGAUUUCAGUUGUCUUAUCUAUAUAUGAAAAUAGAUUAGCAAGGACCGGGGCCCACCAGUUUAUUUGCGCUUUCAGAAGUUCAGCGACAAUGAAAUCACUUCCUGGGGCUUUGCCAGAUUUCAUUUGUAGAAUUAGCGAAGUGAUUUCAGUUUCAGAUGUUGGGGGCCAUGGUGUAUCAUUAUCUAAGGGGAUGUUAAGCGGCGCAGAAGGACGAUGUUCCCUAAACAGCACUUUAUAGUGCUCUUCCCAUGAAUUUGCAGGGAUUAUUGUGCCCUCAUUAGGAGCUUUGGUUUGACUGGAGAUAAUUUUCCAGAAGUUGGAAUUGUCUUUUUCUAUUGACGCUUUUAUGAGGGCCUGCCAAAUGAGAGAGUCUGCGGUUCUUUUUUGGUUUUUAAUAACUCUUUGUAGUUCUUUUUUUAAGUUGUAACUCCAAUUUAGUGAUAGGGUUAGGAUUUUGCUGGAAGACCUUAAAGCAUUCCCUGAGUAUAAGUUUUGCCUGAGUGCAUUCGUGAUCAAACCAUUUUUUGUUGGUAGGGGAGUCAUUUUGGUUAGAUCUUCUGGGUCUUGACAAUAACGGUUGGAGUUUCCGGAUUAAUGUAUUAUAAUGGUCAAUCUGACAGUCCACAAUUAAUAUAUUGUUCCAAGUACAAGCAAACCCUUUGGAGAUAUUCUUUCUAAUGUGAUUAUAGUUCUGUGAUGGGAUAUCAGGGCCGUUUCCUCAAGUCUUCCCAUCUGUGCUUUCUGCUUCCAGGCAUCUCCUACAUCCUAUUUGAGACCCGCAUUGGCUGUUUGGAAAAGCAGAUCCCUGCUGAAACACAGAACUUUAUCCAUGCAAUUGGAUACAUGCUGAAGAACUCCAUCUUUGCUACUAUCCUGCCCAAGUGGACCCGGGAUGUGCUGCCUUUCUGGAACCGCUAUCUGCAGGGCUGGGACACAAUCUUUGCCUUUGGUAUGUCAAGAGUGGGGACAACUCUGGAAUUACCAGUCAAUCAUCCCUCACUUUCUCCCUUGAGAGUGGGAAGAUUCGUAAUCUAAGGUUUCUCAAGUGCCUGUGGCAGUAGGCCAAGAAGUCAAAGGUGAGUGGUAGAUAUCCAGCCCACGUGGUAAAUGCUGUCAUGAACAGUCCCAGGAUUGUGUCCCCAUGGUAACAGCAGGCCAAAGGUGAGUGGUAGAUACCCAACCUGUGUGGAGGAUGCAGGAAUGAUCAGGCCAGACCUGUGUUCUCAUGGUAACAGAUGCUAUUUAAUUACUCCAGGGAAAAAGCUGAUUGAUCAGAAGAUGCUGGAGGUUGAGAAGUCUCUGGAGAAGGGUGAGGUUGUCUCAGGCUACCUAACUUACCUACUGUCCAGUGGGCGGAUUAGCCAUGAAGAGAUAUAUGGCAGCAUAGCUGAGCUACUCCUGGCUGGCGUAGACACGGUAGGACAUUGAUUUCUUAGCCUUCCUUACUUGAGUGCCCACCCCAAAAUGUAAUGACCAAAAAUGCAGCUUACAAGCAAUAUCACACUACAUAAAUAAAACAAACCAUCAGGAGCCAACCCACAGAGCAGUUGGUGUUAGGUGGCUCUUGGGUGGGGGGUGGAGGACCAUGAUGUCUCCUUGCCCUGCAUCCCUCAAUACGCAUUUUUUAAAAAAAAAUUAUGGGAAAUGUAAAAAUAUAGCAAACUGCUGUGUUCCUUCAUGAUAAGCUUUUGGAAGAGAUUUGACUGCCACAGGCUAGUCACUGUCUGAUUCUUUGGGAUGGUCACAUAUAUCAUUCCAAGAUUUUCUCCUGCCUUUGCUGCCUGGAUGUAGCAUCUUCACUGCUUUGCUUUGCCCUUUCAGACAUCAAAUACCCUUUCAUGGGCCAUGUAUCACCUGGCCAGAGACAUGGAGGUCCAGGAAGCCUUAUACCAGGAGUUGAUCAGUGUGGUACCCGAAGAUCAGAUCCCUGAGGCCAAGGACCUCACCAGGAUGCCACUGCUUAAGGCAGUGAUCAAGGAGACUCUUAGGUAAGGGGCCUUUUUCAUUGUUCCAAGGAGCAAGAUCACAGGCCUGGACUUUGUGGCUCCCGGGGCUUCAUCUUGCCCAGAGUGGUUCCACCCAUUUCCCAUUUAUGCUUCUGUAGCUUCUGAAGAGCCUUCCUUUGUUCUGAUGCACAGUGACAGCCCUCCCUCCACUAAUGUCCUUAUAGGCUUUACCCUGUGGUCCCCACCAAUGCCCGAAUCAUCGCAGAAGACGAUGUUGUUGUUGGAGGAUACAAGUUUCCAAAGAAUGUGAGUAGUAAUGUAUUCCUGAUGUUGCAACUCGAGGCAUUUGUUAGUGGCCAGAAGUGGAUGUGGAAUAAAAGGGAUGGGGCUGUCACUGAAUUUUGACAUAUAGGCAGUUCAUGAAGGGAAAAAACAACAGUGGGGGAAUGCAAGACUUGAACUAGGUGAAGGCUGUAUGUACAUAUGUCAGAAUGGGUUAGCAUUGGUUAAGCUGCCCUGAUGGGAAAUGGUAAACUGCAUGGCAAGAAUAUCGCUUUGCCACCAGCCCUCAUGUUGCUAUGGGGAAUCGACUGUUGGAGAGCAAAGUCUUUGUCAUUUGCUAACUCUCUGUGCUUCCCACUGGCCCCUCCAGACCCUCUUUGUUUUGGCCCAUUACGCUCUCUCGCAUGAUGAGUCCAGCUUCCCGGAACCAGAGCGCUUCCUGCCACGUCGCUGGCUGCGAGAUCAGAGGGACUUGCCUCCCCACCCCUUCAGCUCCAUCCCCUUUGGCUAUGGGGUGCGUGCUUGUCUGGGGCGCCGCAUCGCUGAGCUCGAGAUGCAUUUGGCUCUUGCCAGGGUGAGUUACUUCUGUGGGGGCAGAGGGGGUGUCCUUUGGGAAGAAGGGCAGAAUAUGAAUACAGUAUAAUAAACAAGAAACAGGGCAAUGCUGUGGCCCAAGAGGUCAUCACAGCUGUAGGCAUAUUUGAUUACUUGUGUUUGGUGGGUGGGAAUGAAGCUUUGCCCCAAAAUAAGUCAAGCUUUUCUCUUUCCAGCUUAUCCGGAUAUUCUUAAUCAGACCAGGUCCACGGUGUACAGAGGUGAAGCCCCUCUCUCGGAUUGUGCUUGUUCCUGACAGACCCAUUGACCUGGAGCUUCUUGACAGACGGACAAAGCUUUAAGACAGUGGGGGGGGGUCACAAGCCCAUGGACUGGAUCAAGCCCUCCAAGACUAUUUGCAGUGGUCCAUCUGCCCCACCUUCCUCCCCGUUGCAAUGCUGGGCUGAAGAGGAGAGGUUCAAAGCUCUCCACCAAGCCCCGGAUGUCUCGUUUCUCUUCUGUGUGUAUGCGAGUGAGAGUGUGUGCUGUGUACUGAGUUUGUAUACAUGUGGGGUGAGUCUGUGUUUGGUGGCCAUUUUGGCACUGAUGGCUGCUAGAACGUGGCCCACAAAGGGUUGGCCAACUCUGAAUGUAGCCCUCAGACCAAAACACUGGGUUGCCCAUGCUUUAAGCAAACCUUGAUCACCACUCCUGAACUUCAUCUGGCUAGACUGUGAAGACUAAGCACUUAACAUCAACCUUGUUUGUGCCUUGGCUGAUCAUCUGGUGGAUCUCCCUGUACCCAAAUCACCUCUGAUACCAUUUACUGGUAUCAGAUUGCUCUGCAAUCUUCUCCUGUGAAUCCUUGCAAAGCUUUGCACCACAUUCUGUGCCUGAUUGAUUCUUUUGGUGGAUCUGAGGAGUGGGGGGUGGGGUAGGAGUAGUUACUGUUAGCCAGUGUCCCUCAGAACUAGCUGACUGAUUGCAUCGACUUUUCUCUUCCCUGGGUUCCCAAUACUCAGGUGUUUAAGAAUGAAAUUGUCACAGCUUGGUGGUGGCUAUUAAAAUCCUUGCUUCUACCCUACAA